AAGUGCGAUGGUCAAAGGCCAACGUGUUCGGGAUGUAUCAUCCGCCAGCAACUCUGUGUUUAUACGGCAGAAUCUGAUGCCUCGCCCAUCGUCUCCUUGAAGCGCAAGCUCGAUGCAUUGCAAAAGCAGCGUGAGGAAGUCUCUCAGUUGUUGGAUCGUCUGAAAUCU